AUGAAAAUCAUCUUAUCCGUCAUGUUCCUCCUCCUCGCCCCACUCGCCCCACUCGCAGUCUCUGCCCAAAUCGCACAUUGCUGGACUGAGCUUGAGGGUACAAAUGCGAAGGAGGUUCCCUUGAACUGCAACGGGACAAGAGGGCCGAAUAAUAACAAUAUGAAGGGAAAUAAUCAGUACAAGGAUCGGCCACCUCCCGACGACCCCCAGGUAGCUGAACUGCUCAAAAAAUAUCAUCGCGAAGGAAUAACGGAUAAGAAGGUGCUGAGUCAGCUCUUUGCCAGCGAACAUGGACUUACAUUGAGUGAAUCGACGAUUGUAAGGAGAAAGAAGAAGUUAGGGCUCCGCGCGAGCCGGUUGACGACACUAGAACUCAGUUACGAUGUUAAACGUCAGCUCGUUUUGGACCAAAUGGCGAAAGACCCCAAGGGCUUAAUUGGACCACGGACUGUCAAACAGGGAAUUUUCAAGGAUACCGGAGUGCAACUUACGAGGGAUUGGAUAAUUGAAGAGAUGAGGAAGAUUGAUCCUGUGGGUUAUGCUGCCCGUGGAUCUAAACACGUGAGGGCUCGACGGGAACAACGUCUCGCAGAAGCUGGGAUACCGCCGUCACUAUCGUCGGGAUUAACACGAGAACCGGUUCUUAGUUCAGCCCUGUCCGAACCACUGACGAUCAUUCCAACGGACAUGCCCACCAUCUCAAUUGAUCGUCACGCGCAGAGUCCGCGAGCACCGUCACUUAUCCAUGAUACCCACUUCCAAGAUGCGGUUCCCUCAGCCAAUCCCGUAACUCCGGAGCCUUUGUCGCCUCACUCGAUAGACGAGGAUCAGGACUCGGAUGCGGAUACUGGGGGUUACCCUGGCCAAUCCGAUCGGACUAUUCCCAACGAGAUUACACGGCAAGUUCACCCCAAUCCGUCGUCGGCACCUUGGGAAUCCGCAUCGGAGGCGGGCAGUCUUGGCCCCUCUUCGGUGCACCCAUCCUCCUCGUCCCUUACUGUUGUUCUGAAUGCUUUGGAAACCGCGACUCCGAAUAUAUCUGGAAUCACGCAACUCUUAAGCCAAGUUAAUGGAAGCAACGGAGAAUUUCGAGACCCAAAAACAUAUGAAACAAUCAUGCGAUGUUUGGAAGCUGCUGCGCUGUUGGAACGCCAACUCUCGCGGUUGGCUUCGGGCUCGCAAUCUCGGAGGGGGAAAUAA